AUGGCUUUGACGAGGUCUCGGGCAACUUCCAGCCGCACAACUUCGGACGCGGCGGCGAAGAGAAUGAUGCGGUCAUCGCGAAUGCACAGGACGGCAGCGGGUGAAGGCCAGGAGAUUGGCUUUAGACUUGCAAUGGUAAUGUCCAUGGCAGUUGAUGACUUUGUAGAGGAUCACCCAAAGACUGAUUGGGUCGGCAACUGCAACGAGCUGAAUGCCGGAUAUGCCACCGAUGGCUAUGCGCGAGUGGAGGAGACCAGCAUCAGUUCCCAUUUCAGCAGCUUUGGUGUCGGAGAGCUCAGCACGACUUAUACUAUUGCCGGAGCAUGUUCCGUCCUUCACAUCGUCCGUGUACCGAGUACUUCGCAGCAGAAGAACAAGCCAAUGCUUCUCCAUACUCUCGGUGAUGGACGUGAUGAUGCAUACUUCCGCGCUGCCGGGCAGUUCACCAUUGCCGCAACAAGCCUCGAGUCCAAACUGACGGCUGCUGCCAAGAUCGAUCGUGUCUUGACUGAAUGCGUCGUCCACGCCCGUCCCGUGUACCUUAUGCUUUCGACCGACCUCACAUACGAACGCAUUCCUGCGUAUCGCUUGAAGACGCCUCUCCGUGCCGAGCUACUCGCAAACGAUCCUGACGUUGAGGCAUUCGCACAGGACAAGAUUGUCAGGCUGGUCGACGAGGCUUUACGUGACCUAGUCAAGCGGACGGGAUUCCCCGCGUACGCUGCGCCAAUGGGCAAGGUCGCUAUCUAUGAGCACUACCCAGAGAUCAAGGAAAAGGUCGGGAAUGCGAAAUUCAUCCUCUCAUUUGGUGCGCUCAAGAGCGACUUCAACACUGGUUACUUUACAUACCAUAUCCCUGCGGGCCGGACCAUCGAGCUGCACUCCGCGAGCACUACAGUGCAGUUUGCUGGGUUCCCAGGCAUUGGCAUGAAGCAUCUUCUACCUAAGCUUACUGAAUGGUUGCGGCCCAUGAAAAAGGGUGCUUUAUUGCUCCAGGUGCCGUAUUUCAAGUACCUUUGUCCGAAGGAGGACAACGAAGAUAUUACGCAGUCCUGGCUCUUUGGUGUGCUCGAGGUGCCAUUCCCGUCGGAUGCGAUGUUCAUCAGCCAGAUCGUGCGGGGUUCGAUCGAGCAACUCACUGUGCAGGAGCUGUCCGUGAUGCUCCGCUCACACAUGAAGCCUAUCAUUUUCGUGCUCAACACAGUGGGUAAACGAUCGAGAGGUAACCUGCGCAGUAUGCAGUGCAAGUACAACGACAUCUCAAACAGGAGAUGGACGAAACUGCUCGAGAUUCUUGGCAGUGAGGAGGGCAAGACCUGUCAGUCAUACGAGAUCUCCACAAAGACGGAGGUGUCGAAGCUGCUGGACGACCCGAAGUUCGCCGCGGCGGAGAAGUUUCAGCUUGUCGAGCUGAUUAUGGACCCGCACGAUGCGCCGCAGGCUCUGAAGCGCCAGGCAGAGCUCAGCGGCAAGACUAACCGUUACUUCGUGUUUCUGAAUAUCAUGUCUGCGUUGGCCGUGAGUAUCCGACCGUGA